CUCUGUUUUACACUAUUUUGCGAGAUGGGGUCACAUGACGAAGCGCAACAACCUGAUGCCACGCAGCGGGAGCGCUGGCUGCAGGAGCAGGUGCAGAGCUUGACGCAAGAGGUGAGCUCCAGCACUCUGCCUGUGAAGCAAUGCCGGCAGUCUUACUGCUUCCGGUUAAGUAAUUAAAGCCUUAACCCGUUCCCUGUAGCUGCACUGCCGCCCUGGCCACCUCCAACAAACAUUCCUGAGAGCAACGAAGGCAACCCUGGCCCUGACCAGCUGCACUCCGCCACUUGAGCCUCUUUCCCUCUUUCCCUCCUGCCGCUCUGUGUUCUUUCCUGCCCCUCCGUACCAUCCCUAACCACACAUUCUCCCUCCCUGACACCCCUGACCCCUUCCAUAGGCCUUUUCCCCUCGACUUCACCACUCACAUCGCACUCCCAACCCCUACCCGGCCGCUAACCACACUCGAAAGCCUGACCAUACCUCCGCAGGUUGCCGCGCUGGAGACCAAGCUAGGCGACCUGCACGCAACAGACCUCAUGAGCGUCAGACGCGCCUACAAGAGCUUGGCUCAACACGUUCAAGCGCUGGACGUGGAGAGCAAGCACCUCCCGGCGCUGCUAGAACGCGCCACCGAGCCCUCCAUCACGCCCGACUUCGUGGCCACACAGACCAGCCGGGUUGCUGCCGCCACCGCGGUGGUGUACGCGCUGGGCCGGCUGCUUCGAGGCCUGCGGGUCAAGGACGCGGGUCCCAUCACAGCGCUGUUGGCGCUGCUGGGUGCGGGCUACGUGGGUGUUCGGGCGCUGGUGGCCACUGUACGGCGAGUGGGCGGUACGGCAGUACGGCGGCAGCGGGCUCGGGAGGAGCUGGCGGGGGAUGUGGGGGCGGUGCUGGAGAGGAUCCGGGUCAUGGCCGACCUUGCCGAGAGCGGUCUGCGACUGCACCACAUGCACCCCUCCCAACAGAAACACAGCCAGCAACAGCAGCACGCCUCAACCUCCACGCAGCAACAGCGGCAGCAGCAGCCGCAGCCGGGGCGGUCGCAGCAGCGUGGGGAGGCUUCAGGAGGGGAGCAUGAGGGCUUGGGAGGGGGGACAUGGCCUCGGCCGGGGGUCGCGGCGAGUGACCCUGGGCUGGUGCUGCUGUGAGGAGGCAGGAGGGACGGGGGAGAGUACGACAGACGAGGGAGGAGGGAGAGGUGGGGUGCCGCGUGUGUGUGUUUUGAUGGGGGGAUAAGGUGCAGGAAGCGGGGUGUUGGGUUGUGUUACAUGGUUGAAAGAAGAGAUUGAGCGCUGCAGGGUAUCAGGCGGGACACAUCGGGAACCCAUGGGUGGCGGGUUAAGAAGACUUUUAGGAUUGUAAGGGAAGGGGACGAAUGGAGAGGCGGGAGGCACGUGCAAGGUGUUUAGGGAAGUGGGUUGUCUUUUAGCGCUAUCUAGCGUACAACUGCUUACGAAGCUCUGAGUAGAGGGGCAAUGAGGCAUCCCGUCGGGGGAUUGUUUGGAUGGCCCUUAGCUGUGUGAAAGGGCUCGGCGACUGUCGUGCAGAUCACAACUUUGGCGACCGUUGGCGAUGUUAGGUUUGCGUGGUGAACAUUUGGGCUCCUGUUUGUAUAGGUCCUGCCUUUCGUCACAGUCUGUCGGCCUCCUUAACCUGUGAGCCGGGGUGUAGGUCGCCUCGUAAUUCAUCUGUCGUGGUGGUUGCAAAGGAACCAACCUGCAGCAGGUACAUUUCAACCUAGCCCCCUCUGCGAGACAACGCUUUGAAACGCAAAACCACGUUUGUAUAUUUGGCAUGAUUCACGAUGGCUCCAAGCAACGCUAAAGGCGCUCUCGCGGUAGCUGGUAUCUGCAUUUUCGUCGGUGCAGCUCUUUACCCUAUAGCCGUUGUUCCGCUAAAGAGCCGGGAGUUGAAGGAGUGCCGCGAAGCCGAACCGGGGUUCAAGAAGAAGGGCAUGUGGAAGGCGCUUGAGGAGUAUCGCAACUAAGCAAAGGCGUGCGCACCUUGGGCGGGGCUUGAAUUGCCAACCCCGCUAGCAAGGAUUGCGGAGUCGUCCAGCAUGUCGCGCGGCAACGUCAUACAUCAGCGGCUGCUCCAGAUAGGUCAAAUGGGCACGUUGCAGCUGCAGGGCGGCUCAUCUGGCCUGGCUGCAGGGUUAUUACGUAGCGCUGGGUUUCGUCAAUGGACACCACUUCUUCAGCUGCAGGCCAGCGCCAGAGGCAUGGGAACAGGUGUGUCAGGGAUGCCGGACAAGACGCUGACUAAGGCUCGGCGACUGGCGGUUGCGGUUGGGGCGCUGGCUGGCGUGUUUGGGAGCCUUGUUGGGGUGGGCGGCGGGGUGCUAAUAUCGCCCAUCAUCGCCAACAUCUGCAAGAGCAUACCGCAGCGUGUCAUCUCUGGGACUUCCCUCGCCGCCGUCGCCGCCACCGGCAGCGCCGCUGGCUUCGUCUACUGGUCCAGCGGCGCCGUCGACCUCACCUCCGCCGCCCUAAUCGCCGCCGCCGCCGUCGCCACAGUUCCCCUGGGUGCGCGCGCCACACACGCCUUCGAUUGCUCCAUGCUACGUCGGCUGCUGGCCUACUGGUUGUUCCUGGUGGCUCCGCUGGUACCCUUGAAGCCCUACCUGCAGCAGACGUACGCUGGGUCGGGACCCGCCGGCGUGGAAGCAGCAGCAGCAGCAACGCCUGCAGCGGCGGUGGCAGCGGGUCCGGAUGCAAUGCCGUCGUCGUCGUUCCUGACGUCAUCGCUUUGGCGGCCGCUGCGCGGUAGUGACGGCGUGUUGCUGGCUACGGGCGCGAUUGCGGGUUUUGCAUCGGGGCUGUUGGGUAUUGGCGGCGGCACCGUCGUCACGCCACUACUCACCAUGGCCACGGGCCUGCCGCAGCUGUCGGUGCUGGGCACCUCGCUAGCCGCAAUGGUUGUCCCCUCGCUGCUGGGGUUGCGGCAGCACGCGCGGCUGGGCAAUGUGGACUGGCGCAUGGCGGCGGGGCUGGCGGCGGGUACCCUGGCGGGGGGCGCGGUGGGGGGGCGUGUGGCGCUAGAGCUGCCUGAAGGACUGUUGGAAUGGGUGUUUUGCUUCGGGAUGCUGUUUCUGGCGCGGAAAACGUUGGCUGGGGCUGGAGCUGCGGGGAAGCAGGCGGCUGCGGCGAAGGUGGUGGCAAAGGCUCAGGGUGUGGUGAAGGCACCGUAGGACACGUGAUGGGUAUUGUCGCAUGCAUAGUGCCGGCCGGCCGGCCGGCAUAGUGCAUGCCGGCGGAGUGUAGCCUGUACGAUAUGGGAUUGGAUUACAAGGGACGGCGGCUAGUAGCACCGAUGCAACACAACACAACUCCAGCAAACCCCGUUGCUUCACACGUCCACGACACAUUGUGCGUGUAGCGUCGCCAUGACAGUUAAGAAGCCGUAGAGUGUAGUGGAGUGGACCGGCCAAGUUUUGUCCCAUAUAAGCACCUGCUCCCUUGCAGUAUGUAUGUAAACAGUGUCCAGGACUCCCACGGGUUGGCUAUGUUGGGCCCCGGUAACUCAUGCAUUGAUGCCUUACUUGGAAAUAUGGUAGCAUCGAGUUGUGAGGGCAGAGUUCUGGGCGUCCUCUUGCCAACGAUGAUUGCGCCGACCCUCACAGCAAAAAGACGCAGCACGCUUGGCCACCCGUUUCCAGCUGGAAACAACACUCACUCUAAAGA